GUGUACGCGAAGCUUUUAGAAACAACACUAACAGGUGUUUUUUCUUUUUUUUUAGGUUUUUUUUCGUUGUAAAAGCUAAGAUUUACCGCCGAUUGUGUUUUUUUUCAUUUCGGUAGGUGUUAUAUAGGUUAAUGGUUCAUGUAAUAACCUGUUAUAAAUGAUAUUAAUGAGUUUUUUUCUUUUUUUAGGUUCUUUCACGUUGUUAAAGCCAAACUUUAAAGCUGAUCUCAUUUUUAAGGUACCUUUGUUACCUUUCACUUCGGUUUUUUUCACGUUGUUAAAGCCAAACUUUAAAACUGAUCCCAUUUCUAAGGUACCUUUGUUACCUUUCACUUCGGUUUUUUUCACGUUGUUAAAGCCAAACUUUAAAACUGAUCCCAUUUCUAAGGUACCUUUGUUACCUUUCACUUCGAUUCAUACGGAUGUAAUUCACCCGACAAUGAUGAUACAGCAAGUGUAACAAGUACGACUAGUGAACAUGAAAAAUGCACAUGGAAACUCUGAUGUC